CGCCACAAAGCAACGGACGUUGAUAUCGUGUGAUCACUGUGAACUUUAUCCGUCGUCGAUUUGCGUCGAUAACAAAAAAAAAAAAAGAAAGGUGCUGACGUCGCGGAACUCGAGUUGAAAGUUUACAAAAAACAGAAAUGUUUUGUCAAUAAGAAAACGGAAGUAAAGUGAAAAAUUCAACCAAUAACCGAUACAAAAAUGGUGAAGAUCGGCGAGGGUGCAAGUGUACCUAGCGAUCAUCAUCAUACCGUCGGCUUAAAUUUAACAAAUCUCAUGAAAAUGGCACGAACACCGCAUUUGAAAUCGAGUUUCUCCAUUAAUGCCAUUUUACCAGAGACUCUGGAACAGGAUGAGGAGAAAACGGAACCGGAAAUCAAUCCCUCACCAUUGGGCUCUGAAGAACCAGAGCCGGAUAGUGAUGUGGAAUCUGAUUUAGAUGUGACUUCAAUGUCACCGGCACCGCCUCAAAUGAAUCCCAGUGAAAUGAGUGAUGUCGACGAUGUCGAGGAGGAGGGAGACGACGAGGCCGAUGACGACGAAGAGGAGGGCAACGAAAGCGGAGGCAAUGGCGAGGGCGGCAAACCUGUCAAGGAUAAGAAGGGCAAUGAGAAGCCCCCUUACAGCUACAAUGCCCUCAUUAUGAUGGCCAUACGCCAGAGUCAGGAGAAACGUCUAACUCUGAAUGGGAUCUACGAGUACAUAAUGACCAAUCAUCCGUAUUAUCGUGACAAUAAGCAGGGCUGGCAAAAUUCCAUUCGACAUAAUCUUAGUCUGAACAAAUGUUUUGUCAAAGUGCCACGGCACUACGAUGAUCCCGGUAAGGGUAACUACUGGAUGUUGGAUCCCUCGGCCGAGGAUGUCUUCAUAGGUGGCUCCACGGGUAAAUUGCGAAGAAGAACAACAGCCGCCUCGCGUUCCCGCUUAGCCGCCUUCAAGAGAUCUCUUAUUGGACCCAGCAUGUUUCCCAGUUUGGCUGCCUAUCCCCAAUUCGGACAAUUCCUUACAUAUCCUCAGGCGGCGGCAGCAGCAGCUGCAGCUGCAGCUGCUGGACCAGCUGGUCUAUUGGCCAGCAUGUAUCAACGUUACAAUCCUUUUGCGCCAAAAAGUGGUUCUCCCAUGAGCGCCAUGUCGCCUCAUGGUCCGUCCCCACAUCACCAUCCGCUCAGUCCACAUCAUCAUCCUCACCAUCAGCAGGGACCACCACCUAUGCCUUCGUCGUUUGUGGGGCCAGCAGGAUCGGUGGGUGCCCCGCCGCCAUCAGUCCAACCUAAUCCCGCCGCCGCCGCCGCAAGCACGGAACUGUAUCAGCGUCUGCAGUAUCAACAGUUGUUGCAUCAACAUGCAGCGGCAGCCGCUUUGGCGGCACAUCAAAGGCAAUUGUCGGCAGCGGCAGUGGCUGCCACCUCCACCAUGUCGCAUCUGGGUGGAGGACAUCAUCAUCAUCAACAUCAACAGCACCAGCAGCAACAACAACACCAACAGCAGACAUCAGCACCGGCGUCUCCGGGUGGACAUCACGGUGGGGGACUGGGGGAUUCGAUUUCGCCUGUUGGCUCGCCUCAACCCAUGCUCAAGCCUGUCACCGUUGUCUCACGCCAUAGCUAAACCUCGACUGGAUGCGGAGGCAACUGUAGUUUAAGUAAUGUACAUAGAUAUAGCCGCGACUGAGGCGCUAAGACGCUUGUAAAUAGAAACGAGAAAAGAUGCCAAGGUAUUUGGAUACGGGCCAAUCGAAUUACUGUAAAUUUAUAGAGAAUCUAGGAAACCCUGCAGAGUUGAAUUAAAAACAGGAAAAGACUACAAUCGAAACCCUAAAAAUUUACCAAAACUUUCAGUAUCUUCAUCUAAACAGAACAGAACAUUCUAGGACUUUAUAUUCUUUAGUAGUGUCAUUUUUCAAACCAAUCCAGCUAAAUAUUGUUACAAAAUCAAAAGUUUUCGAAAGUAUUCAAACUAAUAUCGUUAUCUUUGAUAUCGACUAAUUAGUUUCCUUACAAGUUUUAAAACAUUAAGAAACAUUUCAUUUUCAAAUCCAUAUUUCGGAUACUCAUUGAACAAAAUUUCUUUAAGUAUUCAAUGGUUACUUAUGGAUGGAUUAGAAUUGAACUCAAAACUAAUGUAAAUUACACUAAUUAAGGUUUCGAAUACACAAAUCAGAUAUUCCUAUUAGCUACAUUCACAAAUAUCGUAACAGAAACGGUAAGAAUCAUGGGUAAAGAAAAAUUUGGCCAUUGAAAAACUUGAUUGGAUUGCUUAACUCGAAUUGAUUUUUUAAAUCAAAGUAUUUCACAAUGAUCAGGAUAGCCUUUUUUCAAAAAUAUUAGGGAUCUCAAGAUUCAAUCAUAUGCUUUUUAUACACUUUACAGUUUAAAUUAGAAAUUUCGGAUUUCAAUUAGCUUUUAUUGAAAACGUUAAAAGUUCUUUAAAAAAAUUAUAAUUUUAGAUUGUACAUAUAAUACGAAAAGCUGUUUAAAUAAUAAACUCUGCAGGGGAACGUAUAAUAGAGAGAUUCAGAAUGUUUUUUUGCUAAUUUGUUGUCACAUAUCUACACUAAAAAAACAAGAUAUUAAUUUAAGAUGAUACUUAAGCGAUGCUGGCAAAAAAUCAAGACCUAAGCACUAAUUAAUUUAUAUA